GCCUUACUGUACGGUUUAUCUGUGAGCAGCAGGAGAAGAGAAAGAACCAAUGGGCUGAAAGUAACCCACUCAGUCAGCUUCCUCUGUCUUUGCUUCACCGCGUUGCACAGGAAAUCUAUUGCUGUGUCAAGUCCCAGAGAAGUUUCUUCUCUUCCAAGUUACUAGUCAGACUGAAGAACGCUGAGUAGGAGGAGUGGGCAAGGAGGACAGGACUGCUUGCCGAUGGGUUAAGAAGUGCGCCACCACGCAGAAGCCAACCCGAGAGAGAGCAGAGGGAUCCUGGUCAUGGUCGCAGCUGCUCCCCUACCUGUGAGGAGAAAAAGUACCAAGUGAGCGACGGAAAACCAGAAAACCGAAAUGUUUUGCUUUUGGAGAACUUCUGACCUGGCAGUGCUCUUGAUAUGGGGGGUCUUUGUGGCUGAGUCAACUUGCACUGAUAAGAACCAAACAACACAGAACAAUUCAUCUCUUGUGGCAGAAGUUAACACUAUGGUGUCUGUACAGAUGGGAACAAAGGCUCUGCUCUGCUGCCCUUCAAUUCCACUGAAAAAAGCACUAUUAAUAACAUGGAUGAUAAUGCCCAGAGGCCAGCCUUCCUGCAUAAUAUCCUACAAAGUAGACACAAUGGAGACCAAUGAUACCAACUGCUUGGUCAGGAGCGUCACCUGGGUCUUCACACCUGACCUCAGUCCUGACCUUCAGAUCAGUGCAGUGGCCCUCCAGCAUGAAGGGAAUUACUCAUGUGAGAUAGCGACACCUGAAGGAAAUUUCCAAAAAGUCUAUGACCUCCAAGUGCUGGUGCCCCCUGAGGUAAGCUACUUUCCAGGGAAAAAUAGAACUGCAGUUUGUGAGGCAAUUGCAGGCAAGCCUGCUGCGCAGAUCUCUUGGACUCCAGAUGGGGAUUGUGUCACUAAGAAUGAAUCACACAGCAAUGGCACGGUGACUGUCAGGAGCACGUGCCACUGGGAGCAGAACAAUGUGUCUGCUGUGUCCUGCUUUGUCUCUCAUUUGACUGUUAACCAGACUCUGUCCAUAGAUCUGAGUAGAGUUGGUGACCAAUCAGUACGACCAUAUAUUAUGUACAUCAUACCAUCUAUUAUUAUUUUGAUCAUCAUAGGAUGUGUUUUGAAAAUCAGUGGUUUCAGAAAAUGUAAAUUGCCAAAAUCAGAAGCUACUCCAGCUGUUGAGGAGGAUGAAAUGCAGCCUUAUGCUAGCUAUACAGAGAAGAGCAAUCCACUCUAUGAUACUGUGACCAAGGUGGAGACAUUUCCAGUAUCACAAGGUGAAGUCAAUGGCACAGAUUGCCUUACUUUGUCAGCCAUUGGAGUCUAGAACCAAGAAAAAGAAGUCAAGAGACAUCACUGCUUUGCUUUCUUUAAAAUUCUACAAUGGAAGGACUACUUGGAAAUUAGCUCUUCCAAAGUUCUUAGAAAGCACAAAUGUUCUAAUGGAUUCACAUUUAAGUUCUAUCAUUGGAAGUUUGGAAUCUUUGCUGCUACCUGUUUAUUCUAGGAAGAACUUAUUUAAUUAUUACAAAGAAAGCACAUGGUUAUGAUAAAAUAUCAAGUUGUGCAAUACAGUACGAUGGAAACUGAGUUUCCUUAAGAAAUAACUGCAGAAAGAACAAUCAUAACUAAAGAAUUUCGUGUGAGUUCUUCCAAAAUAUUUCCUGUGUAUAUGACAUGACUACGAUUGUGUGUGCAAUUAUCUGUUUAUUUACAAAUAUGUAUAUAUGCACACAUCUGCUUGUCAAGACAUCUUCUUGUCCAAAACACACUGGAGUUCUGGAUUUAUAAAAGCUUAUAAAGUGAGUAUUGGAGAUAAUUUUAUAUCAGCAUAAGUAAAACUACCUCAUUCUUUUUAAUAGCUACAUAAAAUUCCCCUAUAUGAUUACAUUGUAAUUUAAUUAAUCAUGGCCCUUGGAUGGGCAUUUAUAUUUUGUGUUGUGUGUGGUAUUAAACAAUACCAUGUGAAAUGUUUCUUGUAGUGAAUCUCUGCAUUAUUAGAGUGCACUUGUGAGAUAAUUUCUUUGACUGUAAUGGUCCUGUCAGUUGGAAUGCAUUUUUAUUGUUAAUAGAUCAGUCAAACUGUGUCAGUUUACAUUUUCUUCAAUUGUGUUUGAAUGUGCAUCUCUCCAUAUUCUUAUUCUUAUAUAUUUUAUAUUCUUACUUUCACAUUUAUACUUUCCAUUUUUAAUUAACCAGUUGGGUGAUAUGUCUUAAGGUUAAGAUAUUAACUCUAUUAUUUAAUGGAACUGGAUUUAUAUGUUUGUCAUGUGUACAAGAGAGAUAGAGAGAAAGCAUUUGUAAUAAAAUUAUUUUCAACUCCUUGUAUUGCUAUAAAAGUGCUGACAUCUCAUGCACAAGAAUA